CCAAAAUUAGCAUUCUCUUCACCUCCUCUAACUGCCACCACCAUGAGUUAUAUGUUAGAAGGACACCCGCAUCGUGGAUCCAUGAUUAACUAUGCUGUUCGUUUUGAAUGUGAUGUUUGCGAUCGGUCGAAUGACUUUGGCUACUCAUGCGACGAAUGCAAGUUUUUUUUUUUUUUUUUUUAUGAAUGUAAAAUUUUAUUCAUCAAAAAAACCGUUUUCUCUUUACAUCAAAUGUAAGCUGGGUUUAAGUUUUGUUGAAAAGCAUACAUUAGUUAGAUUCUAGUGGUGGACCAUAGGGUGAGAGCCUCCCUAGAUGAACGGUUUCCCGAAUCUUGAAGGAGCAGAAGCUUGUUUCUGAUGGUUCGAUCAAUCCGUUGAAGCAGGGUAGUGGCAGGUACAGGGGAUUCACCAUGGCGACGAUUAUUGCGUUCAAGCCAAAUGGAGUGGAGGAAUGCAAGUUUAAUAUUCACGCCAAAUGUGCAUUUGUGUUCAACGCAAAGGAAAUAUGGGACCACCCUUCUCAUGAUGGACAUUGUCUUAAGCUUCUCACAACCGGAGCUCCUGAUCACACCGACCCAAUAUGCCAUCUCAGCGGUAAAAAAACCAAACGCCUUCUUUAUCAUUGCUCUGAUUGUAAACUCAAUUUGGACGUAAUUGAUGCUCUUUCUGCCCGCCGAUCUCACCUAAAUAUGCCGUGGCACCCCCAUCCUCUACUCAUUGUUGAUAUUACUUCUAGAAUGAUAUGCCACAUUUGUGGAGAUGGUGACGAACGUGGCUAUCUCUGCCCUCGUUGCAGGUUGGUGGUUCAUGAGAGUUGUGUCUCCCAAUUUGUCUCACAAGUUAUUACUCACCCUUCUCAUGUCAGACACCCUCUUAAGCCUAUCACCGAUGGAGCUCUAGAUUACACAGACGGAACUUGUCAUCUAUGCGGAGAGGACGCUGGAAAUUUACUCUAUCAUUGUGAUAUUUGUGUAUUCAACUUGGAUUUGGAAUGCGCAAUAAAAAAACCACCACCAGUUGCUCUUUCAAAUGUGAAGGUCCAUGAGCAUACACGCACACUCAUGCCAAGAUUGAUCUCCUUCGUUUGUGAUGCUUGUGGGACGAUAGGCGACCGUUCUCCUUACGUUUGUGUUAAAUGUGAUUUCUUGAUAUUUCAUCAAGAGUGUGCUCAAUUACCCCGUGUUAUUCAUGUCAAUCACCAUGACCACCGUGUUUCGUACAAGUAUCCUCUUGGUUCUGGACCUGGAGAAUGGAGAUGUGGAGUUUGUUUGAAAGAGAUCAUUUGGUCAUAUGGGGCUUAUUCUUGUUCUAUUUGUCCUCGUUAUGCUAUUCAUUCACUAUGUGCAACAAGGAAAGACGUGUGGGAUGGGAAAGAUCUUGACGGAACAGCUGAAGAAGUUGAAGAUAUCGAGCCAUUUAAGAGGAAUGACGACAACACAAUCACUCAUUUCGCUCAUCAACAUAACCUCUUGAGCCUCAACAAAGACGGUGAAGAAAGCAACUUGUGUGGAGCAUGUGUUCGUCCCAUCGGUUCGUACACAUUCUACAAAUGUUCAGAAUCAGAUUGCAGUUUCAUUCUCCACGACGCAUGUGCUGAUCUUCCUAAGAAGAAACGACAUUUUCUGAGCCCAGAACCUAUGGAUCUUCGCCUCCGAAGCAAAACUUACUUAAAAUCUUGCGGAGCUUGUCGUCUACCUAUAUGCAAUGGAUUCAUCUACUCCAACUUUGACUUACUAUGCAGCUCAAUUCCUUUUCCCUUUAUUCAUGGAAGUCAUGAUCAUCAUUUACUCUACCUCGAACUACAAUACGGUGCCGUGAAGACUUGCCAGUGUUGCGGCAUUAAUGAAGAUAGAGUCGUCAUAGGCUGUAAGAAAUGCGAUUACUUUUUGGAUUUCCGUUGUGCCACUCUACCACUAACGGUAGUGCUUCCCAGGUAUGAUGAUCAUCCACUAACUCUUUGUUAUGGUGAUAAAAAGGCAAGCGAAAAAUAUUGGUGUGAUAUCUGCGAAAGAGAAACAAAUCCAAAGACUUGGUUUUACACUUGUAAAGAUUGCGGAGUUACUUUUCAUGUUUUCUGCGUAGUUGGGGAUAUCAGGUACGCCCAACCAGGAGGAAAAGUCAGCUCCGAAUUUGAAUUUCUGUCUAACAAUACAUCUUCACGACGAUUUUGCAAAAACUGUCAUAGCCGGUGCCCAGGUUCCUUUAUUGUUAAACAUAUCUACCUUGACCAAGCCUUUUGUUCAUUUUAUUGUUUCAAGCGUUUCAACUGGGACCUAGACAUAGAAUGGUUGUUUACCACGGUUAAAGUCAUAUGCCCUCCAUGGGUAUUAGAACCCAAUACUUCUACUUGAUGAGGCGGCAGUUAUAAUAUUUGUAGUUUGAAACUCAUUUAUCAUAUUAGAUGUUUUGUUUGGAUU